UUGAUGUCCAUCAGCAUAUUAGGUGUUUCUGCUUGGAUGAGAGACUACCUGAAUAAUGUUCUCACUUUAACUGCAGAAACAAGGGUGGAGGAGGCUGUCAUUUUGACUUACUUUCCUGUGGUCCACCCGGUCAUGAUUGCAGUCUGCUGUUUCCUUAUCAUAGUUGGAAUGCUGGGCUACUGUGGAACAGUGAAAAGAAAUCUGCUACUCCUUGUCUGGUAUUUUGGAAGCUUGCUUGUAAUAUUCUGCGUUGAACUGGCCUGUGGUGUUUGGACCUAUGAGCAGGAAAUAACGGUUCCAGUGCAGUGGUCCGAUAUGAUCACACUGAAAGCCAGAAUGACCAAUUAUGGCCUACCUAGGUACCAGUGGCUGACUCAUGCUUGGAAUUUCUUCCAGAGAGAGUUUAAAUGUUGUGGGGUGGUGUACUUCACAGACUGGCUGGAAAUGACAGAGAUGGACUGGCCGCCUGACUCAUGUUGUGUCAGAGAGUUCCCAGGAUGCUCUAAGCAGGCACAUCAUGAGGAUCUCAGUGACCUUUAUCAGGAGGGAUGCGGUAAAAAAAUGUACACUUUUUUGAGGGGAACAAAGCAAUUGCAAGUGCUGAGAUUUCUAGGAAUCUCUAUUGGAGUAACGCAGAUCCUGGCUAUGAUCCUCACCAUCACUUUGCUGUGGGCUCUGUACUACGACAGAAGGGAUCCCGGGGCGGAUCAGAUCAUGGCCCUGAAGAGCGAUACCUCACAGCAGCUGUCAUGUCAUUCCAUGGAGCUACUGAAACCAAGCCUGACAAGGAUCUUUGAACACACAUCCAUGGCAAACAGCUUUAAUACACACUUUGAAAUGGAAGAGCUAUAGGUGAUGCAAUGAAUCUGAGAAAUCACGAAGGGUUUUAAUGGGGUUUUAUUGUUGGUUUUAUUCUGUUCCAUCAAGUAUGCCAAAUAUACGAGUCUUCUUAUGCUUCAGAAAACAACUAAUGAAUGGAAGUGAAGGAGUCCUGCACAGAAAGAAGGAUAAGCCUGUUGGCCUCUUAGAAGAGCCAUGAAACCGUUGGUUUCGUUUGCUUGUUUGUUUUUUUUGAAAGGCACUCAUUCACUGGGCACAGGAAUACUUAAGUUAUUGUCACAAGCUGUGUGAUGUGUAAAAUACUGAUUCAUUCGCAGGUAGACAGACAGAACCCCUGGGGAAGUGUCACGGGAAAGGAAGAGAAAUACUUGUCUUCUGAAGAAAUGACUGUGCUUUGGACAAACAAAAUAUGACUUCAGCUGAAAUUGACUUUUACAUUUUUAAUAAGCCAUUUGGAAAAUUUCUUAAUCAGGGAUCUAUGUAUAUAUAAUUGUGUGUUUGUGUGCAUGGAAAGCAGAACUACAAUUCAAGUCAAUACUUGGAUUUAAAAAUUUGCAAGAUUUGUAAAAAGGGCAAGAUUUUCUUUUUUUCUAACAAAACCUUUAUCUUAGCUGUUAAAGAUGUUCUAAAACUUCUAUUUUUAUCUAACAACUGUUUAAUUUUUAAUUUUAAAUGUAUUAAACAGGGAUUAAAAAUAAAACUAUGACUCUGGACAGUAGACUUUAAAUUUCUGAGUAAUUCUGGAGAAUUCUUCUUUGAAACAGUUUAUUCUAUGGACUAUUUCUUAGUAAAAAGAAAUGAAAGAAAACCUUAAACAUUCUUUCCAAAAUGGGAAUCAAUAUAGGAGUAGCACAUUUUUAUAGAUAAAUCUUUUCUCCUGUCUGUGAUUCCCCUGAAGCUAGAAACAAAAGACUGCAAGGAAAAUGCUUACAGUUCUGGAUGCUAUUGCAAUAAUUGUAAAAGUACAUAAGGAGAAAUUAUACUUUGGCGACAUCUUCAUUAAUAGCUCUCUGGUGGCUUAAAAUGCCAACUGGAAACAGCGUUAAAAUGUAUUUAUUGAGGUGGGAAAAGUGCAUUUUACUGUAUUUUUAUGAACAAUGUUUAUUUCAUAGGAUUAUUUUUACAGUUGGCCACGCUCCUGAAAUAUAUAUUUGUUCCACUGAGUACAGUAGUUUGUGGCAAAUGGGUUUUUACAUAAUACUGCAUUUUAAAAAUUCUUUAAUUUGUUUGGGAAUUUGUAAAAAAAAAAAAAAAAAGGUGUGAUUUGGUAGACAAUAAAAUUACUUUUAUCUUAAAUUCC